UGAUGUUCCUGGACAUUAGACAUUGUGUGUGAACCUUUAUAUAUUUCUGGGUCUAGAAAUAAUGACUAAUGAUAAAUUUCCGUAGUGUCUUUUUGUAUUUCCGUAAUUCGUCCAUAAUUAUGUACAAUUUCUGUAGUAGCUAGGGACGUUCAAUGAACCUUCAGAACUCAGGGUGAAUGUUAGAUCUUUAUUGCUUCAAAAUUAGUCUUUAAACUUGAGCUAAUUAUAGCGCGAUGGCAUCGGAGGAAUUUUUGUAUUUUGGUUACGCCAGCAAUCUACUAAGAGAGAGGCUUCUACUCAAGAAUCCGUCAGCAACAUUUGUGGCAAUCGCAAAACUUGAGGAUUAUAAAUUAGUGUUCGGCCAGAAAAGUACGGGUGUAAGUCCGGUAUGGAAAGGAGGCGUAGCGAGCAUUGAGUAUUCACAAGGGGAUCAUGUCUGGGGUGUCGUUUGGAAACUUAACAGAUGCCAUCUACAAACACUUGAUCUACAAGAAUCAAGUCAUGAAGGAAUUGAAGUUAAUACAAAAAUGAGCACAGGAGAAAUUUUAACGUGUCGAGUUUAUGUGAUGCGGGAUAUGUCUUCCCAACUUCCACCACACCCAAACUACUUGGAUAUAAUAAUCAAAGGCGCUGUACAGAACAAAUUACCCCCGGACUACAUCACAAUGCUGAGAUCUGUUGAAGACAAUGGCUCUGCGGAAACAACUGAAAUAUAUUUAGAGGUCAUGAAAUUAUUAGGACCAACAGUUUGAAGACGUAUUUUGUGGUUUUGAUAAUUUUUAAUUUUUGCUAAGAAUAUAAUUGUAAGACUACGUUGCAUUAUAAUGUUUUAUCCUUUACUAAAUUAAUCAGGAUUUUGUUAGUAAUAAGAUAAAUUUACCUUCCUGGAUAAUGUAAUACAUCCAAUAUGCAUGUAAUUGGAUUGGAUGUUGUCAGGAAGUUUAAUAAAAUUUAAUGUUAACUAAAUAUUUUAUUAACUGAACGUUGUGUAUGCUUAGACAGACAGUAAAGGGUAUUUAUAGGCCUAUAACUAGAAAUAUAUUUUUAUACUCUUCUCCAAUUGAGUUGCCGCCUGCAACUUGUUUGGUACAGCAUGACCAUGAUACAGUGUUUUGGUUUUGUUGCUUUCUGGUUCGAUAUUAUAUUUCUUUGGGGUUUUUUUUUUAUUAUUAUUUAUUUAUUUAUUUUUAUUGUUUUCAAUAUAAUUGUAUUAUAUUGUGCUUCCUUAAAUUAUUUAGUGAUUCUGCCUCACGAUCUAACUCUUCUGCAUGUUGUAAAAUACUGAUUAUAAACAACAGGGUUGGAGCUAGUGGGGGUUCGGUGGAAGAGCUAUCCUCCUCACUUAUCGAA